UCGCCUACCGAGGCUUAAAGACUUUGCCUUUUUUUUCCGGGGCAGGAGACAAGAGGGUCCGAGACACCUGUCAGGAAGACUAUACGUCCAAAAAGCUGUACGUGAGGCAUCUGGAGGCUUCGUGUUCUUGGCCAUGGACGAGCUGUUAUCGUUGUUAUAGCCCUCUCGGUGACCGGGGAGCGUAAAGUUAUUCUGCUGCUUUCUUUGUGUCAUCAUCUUCUUCUUCUUCUUUUUUUUUUUUUUUUUUUUAAAUCCCCUCUUCCCCCCCGAGCCGCAUGAGUUCGCCACUGUUUUUAGGUCAGCUGGUUGGGGUUCCGUUAGAAAUAAUGCACCCCACCAUGGAGAAAGACACAACUUACACCAAGAUCUUUGUCGGCGGGCUGCCUUAUCACACCAACGACGCUUCACUUCGGAAAUAUUUCGAGACUUUCGGGGACAUCGACGAGGCGGUGGUGAUCACGGACAAGCAGACGGGAAAAUCCAGAGGAUACGGCUUUGUGACCAUGGUGGACAGGGGGGCAGCGGAGCGGGCGUGCAAAGACGCAAAUCCCAUCAUCGAUGGCAGGAAGGCCAACGUGAACCUGGCGUACCUGGGAGCAAAGCCUCGCAGCUCGCAAACAAGUCUCUCUGUUGGAGUUCAGCAAGUCCAUCCUACGUGGGCUCAGAGGCAAUAUGGGCUCGCCCAGCAGUACGUCUAUCCCCAGGCGUUCCUUCAGCCCAGCCUGGUGUUGCAGUCCCAGCUCAGCCCUACAGCAGCAGCACUCACCUCCCCUUACCUGGACUACAGCUCUGCCUACAGUCACUACGCCCCCACAGGACUGGAGCAGUACCCCUACACCCCCUCACCAUCGCCCUCUGCUGGCUACCUCAGCUACAGCUUCUCCCCCGGGACGCCGGGGCCGGCUCUCACCGCUUCCCCGACCCCUCCGGCUGCCAUCCAUCCUCCUCUGGCUGCACUCACCGCCAUGUCUGCCGCCCCGCAGGCCUUCCUCCACUACCCUCUGCACCAGCCUGACCGCAUGCAGUGAGCAUGCCGAAAUGAUGAUUCAAAACAGCGUGACUGUUGAGCUGUGGCAUCAUCAGGAUGAGACUGGUUAAACCAGGAAGAGAGUGUGAUGUAAUCAAAAGGGCUUUUAGAAAGCACUCUCAUUCCUGUUUUUUUUUAUAUAUAUUAUUGUUGUAAUAAAUGUUUUAUUGCUAUUGUCA